CCAGUCGGGACGGACAGAGUACGCUUCUGUGGGGACGGUGUUGCACCUGGAGGCGGUCGCGAAGACGUUAAUCUCGAGAAAGCGAAGGGUGAAAUGACGAAGCGGCCAAACGGCUUGGCGGGCAGCUCGGGUGGCGGAUUAACUCGCAAGCGGUCGCCCCUGCCCGCGCGUUGUUCGCCACCGGCCAAUCAGGGGCGCCUCUGUACGGCCAAUUUGAUCGGGGGGUACCCUGGCUUUCUAAAUAUCCUGCACCGCUCUUUUGUUUAAGACUGUCGCUUUUCGCUCGUGCGCCGCUCUCCUCUUCAAUUGAUUCCUCUCUCCACCUUCAAUCUGCGUAGUUCUUUCUGUAUCGCAUCCAUUGUUACUUCAAGAUCCCACCAUGUCUCCAGCGGCGCUCGAAAAGGAAGACCAUGCCCGUGAUGCGGCCUUUAACAAGGCCCUGCACGGAAAGUCGGCUCAGGUCAAGGGCGGCUUGAGUGCUAUAUUCCAGAAGGAUCAGGCCGCUCAAAAGGCGGCUGUAGACGAGUACUUCAAACACUGGGACAACAAGGAAGCUGCAGAAGAGACCGAAGAGACUCGAAAGGCGCGCCGAGACGAAUAUGCUACUCUGACAAGACACUACUACAAUCUUGCGACCGACCUGUACGAGUACGGCUGGGGCCAGAGCUUCCAUUUCUGCCGUUUCGCAUUUGGAGAGCCCUUCUACCAAGCCAUUGCCCGCCACGAGCACUACCUCGCCCAUAUGAUGAACCUCCGCGACAACAUGCGUGUGCUGGACGUGGGCUGCGGUGUUGGAGGACCGGCCCGAGAGAUUGUCAAGUUCUCUGGCGCAAACGUCAUUGGACUGAACAACAACGACUACCAGAUCGAGCGUGCGACGCGGUAUGCAGAGAAGGAGGGUCUUUCCCACAAGCUCAAGUUUACCAAGGGCGACUUCAUGCAAAUGUCGUUCCCAGACAACUCGUUCGACGCUGUGUAUGCGAUUGAAGCUACCGUGCACGCGCCCUCCCUUGAAGGCAUCUACAGCGAAAUCUUCCGCGUCCUCAAACCCGGUGGUGUCUUCGGUGUUUACGAAUGGCUCAUGACCGACAACUACGACAACGACAACCCCCAACACCGGGAGAUCCGCCUAGGUAUCGAGAUCGGUGACGGUAUUUCGAACAUGGAGAAGGUGGAUGUGGCUCUCAAGGCUAUGAAGGCCGCUGGGUUCGAAAUGGAGCACCACGAGGACUUGGCCGACAGGGACGACCCUUACCCAUGGUACUGGCCGCUCUCUGGUCAACUGAAGUACAUUACCACCCUUGGCGACAUUCCGACCAUCCUCCGGUUGACGAAGGUUGGCAGGGGCUUUGUCCACAGAUUUGUUGGCGCGUUGGAGAUGAUCGGUCUUGCACCGAAGGGAACCCAGAAGACGGCCGACAGUCUCGCGCUUGCCGCCGACUGCCUGGUGGCUGGUGGCGAACAGAAGCUGUUCACACCGAUGUACCUGAUGGUUGGCCGGAAACCCGCGAACGCAUAGGCGGGAUGGGCAUGUUCUUUCGUUUGGCAUUCUUUCAGUGUUCCAAUGUGGACGCUCAAGUUCAUUUUCACUUCUUGGUCGCCUCCAUUGGCGAUCUCAUGUCCCCGGCAAGGACUCGUUUAACCAUACAAUUUUGGGGGAUGCAUAGUACACCAAGGUAAUAUAGGGGGG